AAAUGUGUCAAUUUGACAUAUUCAAGUUUCCAAAACAUAUUUUUAGGUUAUAAAAUUACUUGAAAUGGCAACAACAAAUUUCUGUUCAAAUUCAGAAACAUCAGAAAAUUUUCACGAGUGUACACACGAGGUGGUUAAAGCUCUGGUGAAAUGUGCAAAUUUCGCUGCAAUAAAACACAAGGAUCAAAGAAGAAAAGAUAUGGCAGCCACACCUUACAUAAACCACCCAAUCGGAGUAGCUUUUAUUUUAACCAAUGAAGCUGAUGUUACAGACCCUUCAGUUAUUCAAGCAGCUUUAUUACAUGAUACAGUCGAAGAUACAGAAUGCACGUUUGAAGAGAUUGAAUUAAACUUUGGAAGUAAAGUAAUGAAAAUCGUUAAAGAAUGCACUGACGAUAAAACUUUACCGAGUGAUGUACGGAAACAACUACAAAUUGAAACAGCCCCAAAAUCCUCUAAAGAAGCCAAAUUAGUGAAAUUAGCCGACAAAUUACAUAAUUUAAGGGAUUUAGAAAUGCAAACACCACUAGGUUGGACCGACCAAAGAGUAAAACAAUAUUACAUUUUUGCCAGAAAUGUUUGUAACGGCUUAAAAGGUGUUAAUACAAAGUUAGAUGUUUUAUUAGAUGAAUUGUUAAAGAAAUACGGUGCUUAAAUUAUAUCAAAAAAUAAAUUAAUUAAAAAUAAAUUAA